CGUCACGCGCCCGCCAGGCAGCCUGGGAGUCGAGUGGGCGGGGCCCGUUGGUCGGGCGGCUUCCGUGGGGCAGCGCCGCGCGCCGCAGGCGGGCUGUUCCAGACCCGCCGUCGGGAUGAAGGACUCGCUGUCACUGCUCGCCCGGAUCCCGGCCCACCCUGACUCUCGCUGCUGGUUCCUGGCCUGGGACCCCUCCGGGACCCUGCUGGCCUCCUGCGGGGGAGACCGCAGCGUCCGCAUCUGGGGCAAGGAAGGGGAUAGCUGGGUGUGCAAGUCUGUGCUGGGCGAGGGGCACCAGAGGACCAUCCGGAAGGUCGCCUGGUCCCCGUGUGGGAGCUACCUGGCUUCAGCCAGCUUUGAUGCCACCACCUGUAUAUGGAAGAAGAGCCAGGAUGAGUUUGAGUGUGUGACCACCCUGGAGGGACAUGAGAAUGAGGUGAAGUCCGUAUCCUGGGCCCCAUCUGGCAGCCUCCUGGCCACCGGCAGCCGAGACAAGAGCGUCUGGGUCUGGGAAGUGGACGAAGAGGACGAAUACGAGUGUGUGAGUGUCCUGAAUGCCCACACGCAGGAUGUCAAGCACGUGGUCUGGCAUCCGAACCAGGAGCUGCUGGCAUCCGCCAGUUAUGACGACACAGUGAAGCUGUACCGCGAAGAGGAGGAUGACUGGGUGUGCUGUGCCACACUGGAGGGACAUGAGUCCACUGUGUGGAGCCUAGCCUUCGACCAGAGUGGGGAGCGCCUGGCCUCCUGCAGCGAUGACAAGACAGUGCGCAUCUGGCACCAGUACAAACCAGGCAAUGAGCAAGGGGUGGUCUGCAGCGGCGCCGACCCCAGCUGGAAAUGCAUCUGCACCCUCUCUGGCUUCCACACCAGGACCAUUUACGACGUGGCAUGGUGUCGCCUGACAGGGGCAUUGGCUACCGCCUGCGGAGAUGAUGCUAUCCGGAUAUUUGAGGAAGAACCGCUCUCGAAUCCCCAGCAGCCCACCUUCACACUGACCGCCCACAUGCCCAGGGCUCACUCCCAGGACGUGAACUGUGUGGCCUGGAAUCCCAAGGAGCUAGGGCUGCUGGCAUCAUGCAGUGACGAUGGAGAAAUGGCAUUUUGGAAGUACCAGCGGCCAGAGGUUUGCUGAGAAUCCCAGCAGUGCAGCUCACCCCCACCUCCCUCCCCACGCCACGGACCCAGCACUGCCAUGGGCCCGGGGCUGGGGUGUGCAGCAGCAGCUGCUGUUACCUGGUGGGAGGGCUAAUGUUCCCUGCAGCCCUAACCUGCAAGGGGAAAAGAGCAGCCCCUUCGCCCUGGACUGCUCCAGCACUUGGAUCGCCAGGGCAUCAUUGUGAACCCUACCCAAGUUCUGCUAAACUAGGGUCUUAAAGGUAGAUUGGGGUGUGUGUGUGUCAAACAGCUUCCCUAGGGAAUGGCUUUGCCUAGGUCUCAGUGGAUAGUAAGGGGGCAAGAGCUCCUUCCUGGACCUGCUACUAGACUGGCAGGAUGCUUCAGCGUGUGGCUCUUUGCAAUAGUGCAACUCCUUGACAGGUGCCAGGACCAGUUCUGGAGCUGGUCCCUGUUCUGGCUGUUAUAUGGGAAACGGGCAUUUCCUAGUUGAGGGUUUCACGGACAGGGGCCAUGUACAAUCCGUUAUGGUUAGGGCUGUUCUAGACCCAGGGUGGGGUGGAGGGAAGGAGGGGCUGCCUGCUGCCCUGUCAAUCUGUGAGUGAAGAGUUCUAAUAAAUAAUCACGUGCU